AUGCAGACCGCAAGAGUCCGUGCUGGACGGCCAGAUGAUCUUCGAAGUACAUUUCGAAAGACUCGCGCCGAAGAUAGAGCAGGUUACUGCUCUCCUUGGCCGAAUCCUACCGAACAUCGGCGGGCCCGAAUCAGAGUCCCCUUCCUAUAUGCAAGGGUGGUCAAGUCCAUGGCUAUGUACGGAGCCCCAUUUUGGUCUAAGGGCCUAAAGAAGAAAGGAAGAGAAAUACUGCGCCGGAUAGAGUGCGUCAUGGCCAUUACAGCUAUGCGUGCGUAUCAAUCGGCAUUUUUUCAGGCGGCCGUGGCUCUUGCUGGGAUGAUUCCACUCGAUCUUCAGGCCGCGGCAGAAGUCAAAGUCUAUCGCCAGGUGGAUACUGAGACAAGCCUGCAAUCCACCGCUGAAAGAAGAAAUUAG